GCCAUCCUGUGGGACAGAAGAAACGGCUCCGUUAACAGGUGCGAGGAUAGACAAAUACAAAGGCGUUUAGUCGUGUAUUAGAAUUAGAAGAUUUUCAUCUGUGUUCUAAAGAUAAAAAUUCUAGGAACUAUCUAAAUCUAGCUUAUCACCGAAGCCUCUUUCUUUCCGGAGGAGGACCGACAAAGCCAUGUCAACCAAAAAACGGGUGGAUGUAACGAGAAGGAGCCGAAGCCCCGCGGAGUCCGAGGCGGAGAUGUUGGGUGAUUUUCAGGAGUGGUGCCUCCGCACUUACGGGGACUCCGGUAAAACAAAGACCGUCACCCGGCGAAAAUACAACAAGAUUCUGCAGACCCUCUUACAGAGCGACGACUCGAAUGGAGUCUAUGUCGAGAGAAACCACAUCAACGCCAAAUUUAAGUUCUGGGUCAAAUCUAAAGGUUUCCAGGUGGGCAACACUGACGGCAAGCCGAACGAGAACGGGGCAGCGGACAGAGCGGUCCUGUACGUCCCCAUCAAGGCAACGUGUGUGGAUGGGAGCUCAGGGCCGGAGAGCUCCUCUCUGAAGAGGGUCGCCGUGGUGGAGGACUUCUAUGACAUCAUCUAUGCCAUGCACGUGGAGAUCAGCUCUGACCUGGCCAAAGCACCCAAACACGCCGGACAGAAGAAAACAUACAAAGCGAUAGCGGAGACGUAUGCGUUCCUGCCCAGAGAGGCGGUGACCCGUUUCCUGAUGAGCUGUGGAGAAUGUCAGAAGAGGAUGCACAUCAGCCCCAGUGGUGCAGAGUUUAAAGAGAAUAACCAACCAUCUUCUCUGAUGGCCGACCUCAUAGACUACAACAUGCCCCUCACGACCACCUACUUGAAACAGAAGAAACUACAGUGCAUGAAUAACAACGAGCAGGAUGACUGUUCAGUGAGUAGCGAGGAGUUUGAUAUGAGUGACCCCACAUGGAUAUCAGCUGAACGUCACUCCACACUGUCUGACCUGAGCCACCCCUCCAGAGCAGAUAGGAUGCACAGCCCGCAAAACGCACACAAGGAAGAGGACGAUGAUUCAUCUUCUGAAAGUGGGAGUGGCAAUGGGAUUCGCACUCUGACUCCUCCCUCAGAAGGUGGAGCCGGUGUGAGUGAAACUACAGGAGCAAGAUCGGGAUCGUACGCUGAGGUUAACGGCAACGGAAACCGUAACGCGGCACCACUCGACUUCAGCACGACGUCCCCGUCCUCAUCUUCAGAGGACCAGCAACCAGUCAACCUCAGUGACAGACUGAGUCAGGCCCUGCCCAGUGCUGCCGCCAUGCUGGCGACCUUUAACCCUGAGCACGCAGAGGAGCUGCGCAGAAAAUACCCCAAAUCCUCAGAGCUACGCCUUGAGCGAGAUAUCAGGGACUGUAAUAGCAAGUCUCCUCAAUACAGUUCAGGCAGCUACGAUUCAAUAAAGAUGGAGAUGUGUCCUGAAGAUCUGACGGUUGGUCGGUCUCAGGUUGCUGACGAUGAUGACGAUGACCACGACGACCACGACGAUAGCGAUAAGAUCAAUGAUGUAGAAGGAGUGGAUCCAGAGAGGUUGAAGGCUUUUAAUAUGUUUGUGCGUCUCUUUGUGGAUGAGAACCUGGACCGUAUGGUGCCGAUCUCUAAACAGCCUAAAGAGAAGAUCCAGGCUAUUAUUGAGUCCUGCAGCCGUCAGUUCCCAGAGUUCCAGGAACGCGCUCGCAAACGCAUCCGUACCUACCUCAAAUCCUGCCGCCGUAUGAAGAAGAACGGCCUGGAGCAGACCCGACCCACGCCACCCCACCUGACCUCAGCCAUGGCGGAGAACAUUCUAGCAGCCGCCUGUGAGAGCGAGUCACGCAAAGCUGCCAAAAGAAUGCGCAUGGAUGUCUACCAGGCACAUGAUGAGCCGUUAUCUCUAGAGAAGGUGGUCUCUCGUGAGCCGGUCUCGCUGACCCACUCUGCGUACUCCCUUGCUGCCUCAGCUUACUCCCAGGACCAGCUAUACAUCAAUGGAGGCCUCAACUACAGUUACCGUGGUUACAGCGGACUGUGUGCCAGCAUGCAACACCCCGCGUCCCUGACAACAGCUACAACCCAGACCAACGGGCCCACUGAUCUCAGUAUGAAGUCUCUGGCCUCAAACUCGUCCUCGUCAAGCUCUAGUAGUCUCGGCAGGAACGGAGGAGGAGGCGGGGCUUCAGCUCAGCUCAGCCAUACAGAAGUGGCGGCAGUGCGUCAGCUGAUCGCAGGAUACCGUGAGUCUGCGGCCUUCCUGCUACGAUCGGCAGAUGAGCUGGAGAACCUCAUACUACAACAGAACUGAACCCAUUUCCAUCUCUCUCUGACUACACGCUUACCCUUGUCCCUCUGGACCACAUAACUGACCGUGUCCCUCACAUGAUCAUCACCCAGUCACCAAGGAAAACCAUCUGGCUCUUUAAGAUGGAAAACACACAGCUUCAUCCAGCUUUUGCCUUCAUAUUUCAACGAGGACAAACGUGGAGAUGAAUCUUUGAAGCAGACAGUUCGAUGAAUCCUCCACGUACUGCUCCUCUCCAGGCAGCCUCCUGUUUAACCGCCAUUCGUUCCCCGCUGAGAGCCAUCGAUUUCUGAUUUUCUUUGUUUUCAGCUACUUCAAAGGAGGAAUCCUCCAGACGGCACUAACUAAUUGACGACACUUUUGAUUUGGAGGCGUAAUGGAAAGAAAGAAGAUAAAAAGAGCAAGAAGAAAACUAAGAGACCUUUGUAUUUGCUGUAAAUAAGCACUCGCUGUGUCCUGAAGCACUUUUCCAUUCGUUCUGACCUCUGAAUGAUUAAUUUAUGCAUUUAGAUACACAGGUGGAAGCUCACCUGGAAAUACCUCAGCCUGUCUUUCUCUCUCUCUCUCUCUCUCUCUCUGUGUGUGUGUGUGUGUGGGAAAAGAAAAUGAUCACCUGUCCGUCCUCAACUUCGCGGUCCAGUGAUUUGGACUUCGAAGGCAGAGAGUGGGAGAGAAUUUGUUUCUGUAAUUGAAGUGAAGAUUUUCUUUUUCCACCCCGUCCAAAUGCGUUGUAUAUAUUCCGAUCCGUUUCAAGGUAUUGAUCGCAAGAAGACACUGAACUUGUUUUGGGAAUGGACCCGUUCGGCCUCACAGAUGCCAACUCUCUCUGUGUCCACUGUACGGGUCACCUUCUCUUCUCCUCGUCUCUUUUGUGUCCUUCUAUUUCUCCUGAACCUCCUCUCUCCUCCUCCACCUUAUUAUUCUGCUUUGGACGGCGAUAGAGAGGAAGGAUGUGGAAUGGAAGCUUGUUAGUCUUUUAUCUGUUGACUUUUCUUAAUGGCCAUUAAUCCACUCUGCUGCUAUGGACUCCAACGUAACGCCACAGACCUGAAACCUCAAGCCUCCCAAACACAACCAGAGCACCUCAAAGGCGAAAAAAAAAUCCAAGACAAAAAAAAAAGACAGAAAUGGAAGCCAAAUACAAAAAAAAAAAAAAAACUGCUGUUUUGCGUUCUGGUCUAGAGUGUUUGAUUCAAGACUGAGGGCUGCUUUUGUUUGAUUUGUUCUAAAAGUGUAGUGUGUGCUUAAAUAUCAACUGGGAUCAAAUUGUCUUUGGCACAAGAGCUUGGCGCGCACACAUAAACGAGUCUUUAGUGAACUGAGUAUUUAACAGGAGAGGUUUCAAAAUGUGUAAUUAGAGAGGUAGAUUUGUUUAGGGACGGACUGACAGUCAUGUCACUGUAAUUUGCUCCAUUUGCACACAGAGGCAGUGCUAAUCUGUGAUUGAGGAGAUCCGUGGCUCCGUGGUGCACUGCUAGUGGGGGAUGGAGAAAGAAUAUCACAAUGCAGAAGAUAAUCAAACACAUUUCUGGCCCUGAAGGAGACUGACUAAUACAGAGAGGCUACCAUGACCCCCGCUGAGGAGCCUUCAGAAUCAUUACAUUCAUAAUCACAUGACCGGGAACUACUUCUGAUCGAAAGCCAUGAUGAUGAGUGAGUGUGACCAGAGACUACACUGCCCUCUUAAGAUGACACCGCCGCUCAAAACACAAUGUUGAACACACAGAAGUAAUGAUUUCUUAAUGUAUUAUCAUAUUCAUGGUUGGCCUUCACUUCGAUAUUGAGUUGUUGAUUAGAAUGUUGUUACAGACGUGAAGACAUAUGCAAACGGACAGCGUGAGGCCUCUCGUCACUCUGGUUAACAUUGCUCUGAUCACAAAAUAGUCCUUGACCUCUCUCCUCUCUGACUGUCUUCACUUUCAGGCCUGUUUCUUUUACUUUAUUUCAGGAGAGAACUUAAGAAAAUAAGGGGAGAUAUG